CCAUCCUGCGUUAGCAGCCUCCUCCUCCUCCCCCGCUGUCUUUCACCUCUUGCCUCCUGCUACCAUCUCCCUUUUCUGCAAUAGUCUGCUUUAGUUUGUAUGCACGCUGCAUCAUGAUGCAUGUUGGCUCCAUCUGGGGUCUCUCCCUGUUCCUGUCUCUGUGUGUAGGAUGGACGAGGGCUCAGCAGACGAAUUACACCAGGCCUGUGUUCUACUGUGGAGGGGACCUGGUGGCAGACUCAGGGUUUGUUGGCAGUGAGGGGUUCCCGAGCUUCUACAAACCCAACAGCAGAUGUACCUGGCAUAUCACUGUCCCUGAGGGAAACGUGGUCACGCUCUCCUUCCGCAUUUUUGACCUGGAAGCUGACUCUCAGUGUCGCUAUGACUAUCUGGAUGUUUACAAUGGCCAGUCCAACUUGGUGCAAAAACUGGGUCGCUUUUGUGGAACUUUCCGGCCUGGCGCUCUUAUUUCUACCACAAACACCAUGACGUUAGAGAUGGUGUCUGAUGCAGAGACCCAGGGAAGAGGGUUUGUGGCCUAUUUCAGUGGAACCAAACCAUAUGUGGAUGACGAACAGUUCUGUGGGGGGAAGAUAACAAAGGCCCAGGGAGAGAUCAAGACGCCCAACUGGCCUGACAAGAAAUACCCACCGGGAACCAGCUGCUCCUGGCUUAUCACUGUGGAGCCCGAUAUGGUAAUCCAGGUGAAGUUUGAUAAGUUCGUCUUGGAGGCUGACACCUACUGUCGGUUUGACUAUGUGGCAUUCUUUAACGGUGGAGAGAGGGAUGAUUCACGCCUGAUUGGAAAAUACUGUGGCGAUCAGGCCCCACAACCCAUUAUUACCAGUGGAAAUGUGCUACUGGUCCAGUUUGUGUCUGAUCUCAGUGUGACAUCUGAUGGAUUCCUUGCCCACUACACCAGCGUUGCUCCUGGUUCUCAGAUCACAGCAGACAUCUCAGGAGCUGGUACGAGGUCCAUCCCCCCAAAACGUGAACGUCCAGCCGCUACUGUACGGCCACCUGUCCCCACCACCAAGUAUGUGCCACCUCCUCCCACCAGGAGACCCAGAGUGGUCAAGCCUACAGGAGGCCGUGGACAGGGCGGCACAGGCCAGGACAGAGGGGCGCCAGUCACGAGACCAAAUGGAAAUGGAAAGAGGCCUGUCCCUCAAAAUCCGCUGUGUGCCAGAGCCUGUAAGAGAGAUGGAACCAUCAAGACCAGUUUCUGUGCCAGUGAAUUUGUGAUAACUGGGAAGGUGACCUCUCUGGCCCCUGGCCCACGUGGCACUCUUCUUGUUAGCGUCUCCCUCAUUAAAACCUACAAAGCAGGUCGACUAACCAUCACCCAAGUGGGAGAAACUAUGUCAGUUAAGUUGGUGUCACAGUGCAAGAAGUGCCCAUUGCUCCGAAGAGGUGUCAACUACAUUAUCAUGGGUCAAGUGGAUGAAGAUGGUCGUGGCACCCUGCAACCUGGUGCAUUCACAGCUCCCUACAAAGCCCCACAUCACAAAUUAUUAACAAAUAUCAACAACCAACCCUGUUAACCUCACACUUCUGCCCAGUCCAGGAAAUGACGACAACACAUCAGAUACACAAAUCCAGAAUUUUCAAUGUGAAAAAAAGAUCCAUUGAAGCACAAUAUUGCAGCAAAACAUAACUUCCUUUUUAUCCAUCAUUUUAAAGGUAUGCAAAUACAUUGUUUUAUUCAAACACCUGCCGAACCUUAUGUUUGUAAUUUAUAUAUGAAUAAAGGUUUUAUAUCUCUUUCA